UUCACAAUUUGGCUUAAAGCUAUCUAAUUCAUCAAUAAAGUUUCCCUGAAAUUGUUUGUAGUUUCUCUGAUUUAUAUGAACAGUAACAUCUGUACAUGCACAACAAUGACCAGGUGUGUUUGUGCUCUUUCUUAUGAAACAGAGGGUAUGAUGUAUCCUUUUCAACGUGUUGUUGUUUAGUGCACUGAAGUACUGGAAUAUACAGUAUAGCACAGUGCUGAGUCAUUUAACCUAAUUUCCUCUGCAAGACUGCAAGCUAGAGUUACUCAUGUGAAAGUGACACCUGCAGUCUUGAUCAUGUGAUCGUGUGUGACACAGGUCUCAGAGGAAUCCACGGUUACAGGUUCGCCAGCAGCUUCUUCAAUAAAAGGAAACCUUCAUCAAAGCUAUUGGCAGUAAACAAUAAUUCAGUUUCAGGAAGAUCUUCAUUUUUCCACUAUGCCUUGGGAAAACUGUUUGUCUUAACAUCUUAUCAUGACUGUUAAACAUUUUUUACUGGAUUAUGACAAGCUGAAUGAACGAGGCACCUAUUCUCCUGGAGAUGUCCUGUGUGGAAAUGUGACGGUGGUGACCAGCAAGGAGAUAAAAGUGCAGUGUUUUGUGGUCAAGGCAGAAGGGAAAGCAAAGGUAACUUGGUAUGAGCAGGAAGGCCAAACCACAGUGGUGCACUGCAGCAAAAGAAAAUACUUCUAUUUUGAACACGUCAUUCUUCAGGAUAAAAACAAAGGAGAUGGUUCAGAAAUCGUGGGCCCAGGGAAAAAUGUGUAUCCAUUCAGCUUUGUGAUUCCAAAUACAGGCAUGCCUUCAUCAUAUAAAGGGAAAUGGGGUGAGAUCACAUACAGUUUGCGAGCACGGCUGACUCAGUCAAUCUGGCUCGUACACAAAACCAAGGCCGCGUUCCCUUUUCUGACCAACUCGGACUUUCCCUUUGCUUCAAAAUCAGAAAUGAUCAUCAUUGGACUUAAGGAACAACAAUGUGCCACCAGAAUUUCAUUUCAAGGCUCUGGAAAAGUGACUAUGACCGUUAGCGCGGAAAAAAUGGGCUUAAAACAAGGUGAAGCGAUGGGAGUUGUUGUGGAAGUACUGAAUGAAUCCGCAUGCUCAGUGACUCCCAAAUUCUACCUGUGUGAGAAGCAGACCUUUGUUGCUGAGACGAAGAGGAGGAAAGUACACACAAAUGACGUCUUGUUUGGGACAGGAGAGGCUGUUCCAGCUCGGAGCUGCCGCACCAUCUCUAAAGUCCUACGUAUCCCUGCACAGCUCCAGCCCACCUUCUUCAACUGCUGCAUGAUGAAGCUGGAGUACAGAAUCAAGGUAACGCUUGAUGUUCCUCUCAUAAGAGAACCUGAAGUCAAACUCCCUCUGGUCGUCCUGCAGAGCUUGGCUGUAUCAACCACAACCCAAAGAGAUCCAUCUGCUUUCCAAAGCUUCCUGGUUACAAUGAUAUUAUAAAGUUAAAGAAAAAAACAAGUUGUAUGCACAAUAGUGUUUGAGUCUGUGUUGAAGGAUUCAAGGUGAUAACACAAGGGACUAUGGUAAACUGUACGUCUGUUUAUCGAAGCACAAUCUAAAUGAAAAGGAUCUUUUCUGGAGGUUUAGAAACCUCAUGUGCUUCUUCGUUUAUCACCGGCACGUGUAUCUAAUAAACUGGCCGGGGAGUGUCGAUACUGUCCACACACUUCCACUAGAUGGAGAUGUCAGAACAGAACAACGAUUUGAAGGCGCUAACUCUGUGUCCUUGAAUCUUGGUUUGGGCUCUGUAAUUAACAACUAUUGAAAACUAAGAACACAAAAACAAUUAACAUCAUUUUCUACUUAUUUUGUUCAAGAAAAACUAUCUUUGUAUUGAAUGUCACAGAAAGGAUGUCUUUGCAAGCUGAUGUCAAGGAAGAGACGAGAAAAUAGUCUGAUGUAGAUAUAUCAGGCUGUUAUUUGAUACAAUGUAACAAACAAGAAAACAUAAUAAGGUAAUUUCAAGACGGAAGCAAAUUAAUCUAAGUAAGGUAAAUGUUUUGGAACUGCUUGUAAACACUAUGAUGGCUAGCCAAUACACUUCACCUACUUCUCAAAUGCUCUUAUCAUGUUACCUGGCAACAGGGAUGCUGCAGGUAAUCACUGUGCCCAAGUAGUAGUACUUGGCCAAAAUAUAGUUAUUUAUAUGUAUCAAUUUAUAAGAUGGCUGCUUCUAAUUGUAUGUGGUCAUUUCUACACAAGGUAAAUGUACAAAUCAGGUGCAGGAAGUUUGUCAGACGGUGUUGUUGCUGCACAACUAAGCAAAAGAAAUAUGCCCUUUUAUCCAACUCUGAUUGAAGGCAAAGAAACAAACUCCCUAAAUAUUGUGUAUUCCAUCCAAAUAUCAGAAGUACUCAUUAUUUUAGAAAAAAAGGCACUUUGACAUAUUUUUAUCUUUUAAAGUGAUCAUGCAAAUGAAUCUGCACACAACAGAUCCAAAUGAUCAUAGUUGUUACAGAUACAAACAUUCACAGCAUUUAUGUCUUAACACAUCAAUAAGCAACAACUCUGAAUAAAGACAGCAACGUUGAAGAAUAUAUGUAGACAGUAAAUAGGAAAAUUGAACAGUGUAUGUGUAUUUAUGUUCUGUUCUGGUGGUUGGAAAUGGAGAGGAUAGUUAUGUACAAUACAUACAUCUAUAGUUAAGGUUAAAUAAAUUGUUAUGGACUCAUGCUGACAGAUUCUGUGUAAACUUUACUGUUGAAGGCUGAGAAAGACCUGAUUAUUUCCACUACUAAUGUCAUUUAUCAGACGCUUUUAUCCAAAGAGACUCACAUCUGAGAACACAAGCAAGAAAUCACAGCAUGGACUG